ACAGUCUGUCUGAGGCGUCUGUGGAGAGAAGAUGGAGAAGCUGUUGUUCUCACUUAUAACUCUAGUUCUGGUGUCGUACAGCAGGGGUCAAGCUCCAUCCUGCAGUGAUUAUCCAUGUCCAAAGUAUGACGUCCAAGAGCAAAAUAAGGACUUCGAAGUGCGUCACUACGCUGGCACUGACUGGAUCACCACUAAGUUGAGCAAAAGAGACAGUGGCUCCCUAAUGGCUGCAGCCAAGACACUGGGGGAUUUCUGUGAUGCCCAGAAAAAAGCAGGUCAUGACAUCAUUGAUGGCUGGCCAGCACUCAUAACCAUAGAGGAUGGUGAGGACUCUUCUACAUCCCUGUCCUGGUUUCUUGCUCCUGGCUCUAAGCCUGAGGUCACUGAUACAUCGGUCACUCUGGAGCACAAAGCUGAGGCUACUGUCUACGUCAGGAAGUACGAUGGAACCCCGUCCCUCGAAACCGCUCUGGAAAACAAGAAGAUUCUCCAAGAGGCUUUGGUUGCAGCAGGGAAAAAGUUCAAGGAGGACAUUUCCGUUGGGGCAGUCUAUGAAAGUUACUUCUCUCUAACUCAUCACAAUGAAAUCUGGCUCUACAGUGCCUGAAAGCGGCAUCCCGCCCACUUCCAUCCUUUCUAUGCUCAUUUUAGGCUUUUACCCAUUAAACUAUAACAUUAAUGUGGUAAAACAUUUUUUUUCCUCUGGCGUGGGUUAAAUUCUACCCUCAAUAAUUUCCACAAAGUUUUCCUUUUCCAAGAAACAUCUGUUUACCAUUUAAACCAAGCUUUCACUAAUUGUUGACUUU